GAAUAACUUUAGUUCACGCCCCAUUUGGCACGAGCUCGCCACAGUUUGUUAGAGGAGGAGUCCGGCUGCUUUAAGUGCACUCUGUCACACUGGGCACUCACAGCACCAACAUGGCCGUGCGACUGUUCGAGGACCAGGAUCAUGCUGCAGACUACCUCAAAUACAGAGUCACCCCCAACGAAGUGGUGAGCCACAUCAUGGAGCUGCUCAGGAAAAGGAUGGCGCUGCCCGCUAAACUAGCCAUAGACGUGGGCUGUGGGUCGGGUCAGGGCACCGUUCUCCUGGCGCCGUAUUUCAACCAGGUCGUUGGCACGGACAUAAGCCCCGCCCAGCUCCAGUACGCACGCAAGUGUGACAACGUUACAUACAAGCAGUGUCCAGCAGAGGAACUCCCCUUUGAGAGCGGCUCAGUGGACCUGGUGACCUCCAUGACGGCUGCUCAUUGGUUCGACCGGCCACGCUUCCUGCAGGAGGUGGGACGUGUGCUGAGGGGCGGGGGCUGUGUGGCUCUGCUCUCCUACGGCCUGGACAUGUAUCUGGAACUUGGAGACUUUACCGACAAACUCAGACAAGUCUGCAUGGAGCUUUACACCGAUUUGCACCCAUAUCGAAACCCCCAUCUUGGCACCAGUUCUAUGCAGAUUUACAAAGACAUGUUCAACCUCUGGCCCCAUCCGGACAAAGAAUGGCACGAGGGUCUGGAGGUGAGGAGAGCCACCACUGUGAAUGGCUACAUCAACUUGGUGGAAACUUUCAGUCCGUAUCGGAAAUGCAAAGAAGAUAAUCCCCAAGAAGCCCAAGAAAUGUGCAAUCGUGUACGCAAAAGGUUACUGGAUGUUUUGCAAGUAUCCUCUCCUGAAACUGAAGUUACCUUGGUUACAAAGUAUUUCUACUGGGUCGGAUGCAAACCUUGAUAUUUGCGUGGGCCCGUCUGGUUCUGAUUGUGGAACACGAAGAACUAGACUGGUGCUCUGAAAUCAAACAUUCCUUUAUCGAGUUAAUAUGAAAACACUAAACUAUAUUAAAAUCUUAAUAUGAUGUGUAUGUAAUAACUGAAAAAUAAUUCUCUAGAUGUAAUAAAAGCUGAUGUUACAAUCAUUUCCCAUGUAAUUCACUGCCGCACAGAAUUUUAUUUAAAGACGCACUGUGUAACUUUUUCUAGACAAGUCAGUCGCUUGUCAAGAAUGUCCCAUAGUACAAAUAGUAUAGCAUAAUAGUAUAAAUUAUCUUUCAUUUAUUGAUACUCAUACUGUGUGUAUUUCCAUGGUAACUGCUGAACAUUCCACAUGUAGAGAUCGCUAAAUUACUUAAAGACCCCGUUUACACUGAAACGAAUCCACGUAUCACCGUAUCG